GUCCAGAAAAGCUGAAAAGACUCGCGCAGCCCACCCAGGGACACCAAAUUGUCGUGGAAAUUAGACAACACUCGCAGACUCGUCCUCUUAAGAGCAGUCAUGUCUGACAGGAAAGCAGUAAUAAAAAAUGCGGACAUGUCGGAGGAGAUGCAGCAGGAUGCUGUUGAGUGUGCUACCCAGGCUCUAGAGAAGUACAACAUUGAGAAAGACAUUGCUGCCUACAUCAAAAAGGAGUUUGACAAAAAAUACAACCCCACCUGGCACUGCAUUGUCGGAAGGAAUUUUGGCAGCUACGUGACCCAUGAGACGAAGCACUUCAUCUAUUUCUACCUGGGCCAAGUGGCCAUUCUGCUGUUCAAGUCUGGCUGAGACGGAGCUUUACCUCAUUAUCACCUGACCAUUUAUUACUGACUGACUACAGAAAGGCUGAGCAUUCCAGUUCUGGGACCUGCCUUCUCUUGGCUGCUUUCCCCUCUUUUUGGUUUAAGAAAAUGUACAAGGAAAAAACAUGAGUAAAGAACAUAUUUAUUUUUUUUCUAUACACAGGCUGAAAAGUUGUCAUUUCAGUGUGUGUUUUUUAUUUUAUUUUAAUUAAAACAAAAUGGUUUGGCUCACUGGAUGGAUGUAAGGAGUAGUUGUUUUUUUUUGCACAAUGCAAGGUUAAGCCUGAAAAUGCCACAUAAAAUUCAAUGUCUAAAUGGAAUCUGUAAGUGGAUUGGUAUGUUGGUAUGUCUUUACCAGUGCCUUGAGGUUUGCCAUAAGUUUUACAAUCAUUUUGGUAGAAUGUUAUAUUAACCCCCAGUGUCUCCAAAACAUUAAUGUGGUAUCCUCAAUUUGCUAUUGUUGAGUUAGAUUUGGGUCUUUGAUAAAUAUGUACUUCACUAUUUUAUUGUGUUCAGUCACGUUAAUCAACUUCAGGCUUUUCUUCCUGCUCUCAUUUCAGUGGUGUUAAAUCAGCCAUCUAAAAAUGUCACUGUCUUUCCUAGAAAUUUUGGUUUCUCGCACUCCCCCACACACAUCCAAAUAGUUUAUCUAGAAUUUUAAUAGGUCUUGUCCCUAUAGAUUGCCACUCGAUUUAAACCUUGGUCAUUAAUUUCUGUUAAAGUACUGUGGUUUAAGAUGUUAUGUGCAACCUAUAUAAUUAAAUGUUCAUCUCAAGAUUACUGUA